ACACACCGGAGGAGACAAACGAUCGCUGACCACCGUGAAGACAAGUUGAGCUGGAAGUGAAGUUCGCGAGUGUUUUUUGUAAUUUGGACUUCAGGUUUUUCCACUUCUGUCAGAGUUGCUUUGUGGAGGAAAGAUUUUCCAGAAAGGUGUACAGUGCGCAGAUCUCGAACUAACCCAUGAUGGUGGAGAGUAGAAAGGCUCUGCUGGUUGUCCUGGGCACCGCUCUGGGUUUCUUGUGUUUGGCUCAAUUUGCGUAUUCCUGCAACGAAAUGGUUUGUGCCAGUAUUGUAUCGAAGUGUAUGCUGACGCAGAGCUGCAAGUGCGACAUGAAGAAUUGUUCCUGUUGCAAAGAAUGUUCCGAGUGUUUGAGCUAUCUGUACACCGAGUGCUGCAGUUGUUUGGAAAUGUGCCCGAAACCAAAUGAAACGACCAAUGAGCUUAGCAAACAGUCACACGUGGAAGAGCUGGAGGGAUUCCCGAAUUUGUUCAACGUACUCACUUCGGAGGAGGAUCUAGAGGAACGGUGGAAGAUUUUUACGUUCCCGCUGGACUUCGACGCCGCAUUGUACGGAACGAACGCGGAAAGCGGAAUGAAGUAUCUGAUGCACUCCAGCGAUAACGAUUUGAAGCCUCGUUUCGAGGAUCCAUCGAAGAUAACGGUCAACUGCACGGUCGCUUAUAUGGCCCAGUGCAUGUCCUGGAAUAAGUGCAAGGAAAGUUGUAUCACCAUGGGAUCUUCCAGCUAUCGAUGGUUCCAUGAUGGAUGCUGUGAGUGUGUCGGACAGACGUGUAUCAACUAUGGUAUCAAUGAUUCCCGCUGUCGGGAGUGCCCGGAGAAUAAGGACCAGGAUUUGGACGAUAUACCGAAUGAGGAUGAGCUGGAUUAUGGUGACGGGGUCGGACCGUUGGACAACGGUGCUGUUGAGUCCACCAAUAUCUGAAUUUCUUCGGUGUGGGCUCUGGCGGUGACAGUGGCGAUUGUACUGAUUGGAGCAGGAGCAUAGGAAAUGAUUUGCAGGAAACGAGGGUCACUUCUGGGAGUCUGGUAAAAUGUGCCUUAUUAGAGAAGUUAUUUCUUGAUGAAAUUGGGAAGCGUCUUUCGGAACAAAUCGAUAUUCUUCCAAAUGUGUAUUAAAGAAGAAAAAAAAGUAUUCUGAAUGUACUUGAGUGAACGUAUUAUAGCUAAACAGUGAAAGUCUACAUUUUUUUGGAUUUCAUUUUAGGCGAUGUUUGUUGUUUUUUUACACAAUUCUUGCCUUAAUUUUUGCAUAAGCCGAGCAAAUUAACAAUUGCUACAUAACAAAUAUUAAUAUUUAAGUACAUUUUGU